GUAAUCCUGAGGUCGCCAUAAUAGCGUAUGGAUUGUUCAUCCGAAAUUGAUUAACGGACUUGUGUUUUCGAGAAUCCAAAAAGGAAAAUAAUUACUUUGCGUUUUUUUUUUUUUUGGUCUCUAUUGUCCCCUGACUGGUCACAUCUGUAGUGCAAUUUGAAAAGGUCUCUUUGCAUUAAAACAAAGACAGAGAAAGCAAGAAAGCAUCUUAAGUCAAAGGAUCGAUACUGAGUGUGAGGAGCAGCAGCGAGGUCAUCUGACCACUCGUGCGACCUCAGACAACCCCAAGCCGGGUCCCGGAGCUUUCUGCCCGUCUGCUGGGGGGGGAAUCGGAAUUGCAGUGAGGGAAAUCUCAAAAGAUACAAACCAGGAAGUCAACAGAGAGACAUUCCAGAUGGCAUCAGAGUUCAGCACUGAGUAAAGCCAAACAUGGAGAUCCGGGCAGCCCUGUUCCUUUGGCUCCUUCUAAGUAGCUCUGCAGCGACUAAAUUAGUGCGGCUGAGCACCAGCGAUUUGGUAGCGGAGCCCUGCCACAGUAACGUGACGCUACGCUGCAACGUCUCCCGGGAGGCGGGCCUCAACGUGAGCAGCCUCUCCUGGAUCCGCAAGCGCGAUAAUAAGAUUCUGUGCGAUAAUAAGACGGGGCUGAAGAGCCACGACGGCCACAGGAUUCGGUGUAGCUACACGCCCCCGGCGCAGCUGGCACUCACCUUCACACACCUGUGGCCCACAGACCGGGGCGAUUACAUCUGCAAGCUACGGUCCAACCGGGGCAUAAAGAACAACACAUCCAAGGUGGACGUUGAAGAAUGUUACGGGAAGGUCUACACGGACUACUCGCCCUCGAAAGUAGGCUGCCAUUUCCACGGGGUCUACCCCCGGGGCGAGGUGCACUGGUUUCACCGUGGGAAAAAUGUCACCUCCGAUUCGACGGCGGCCGACCCCGGCGACCCCAACCCCAAGGGGAUGUACAACGUGUCCAGCACCCUUCGGACCGAAGGUGACCCAAACGAGUACAACUGCUCUUUGUGGAUCCCGGGCGCAAAGACCUAUCUGGCCAGCGCGCUGGUACAUGGGUCAGAGAGAGGCACGAGGCUUUUGGGCACGGGGCAGGCUGUCUCCCUGCACAUAGUUGGAUUGGGCUGGCUCCUGAUCCUGGCCGGAGUCCUUAUCAUGUGAUGCAUACGACCAUAGAGCAAAUGCUGUCACAACGUCACCUGUUGGUAAUGUUGCGACUUACUCAAAUUACGACCAAAGUGCAACGUUGUCAGUAGUGUGUUUGUAGGGCACAUCUCGGCACCAGGUCCUUAUUGUUAUAUUUCCUGGCUGUUAUGUAUGAGUACAAUGAGUCCCAAGUUCAAAUAUUAAUGAUGCAGGAAGUGUGAUUGCUGGAUAAAGAAAGGGGUGUCGUCAAUGGACUUUGUCACCGGUAAGGUCCAGUCUUGGCAAUGUACGUAUGCAUGAGUGACAGCGCCGGGAAGCUACAUAAAUGUUGUUUCGAAAUGCUCAAGUAGUGCUCAAGUUGCCACUACAUAUAUUGUUCAGUGUGUUAUUUCCUUUCUAUAUGCAUAUGCCCUUCUUGUACAAAUGCUUAUAGUCAAUAGAAAAUUGAUUAACUACCCUUCAAUGUAAGAAGCUGGUUUAUGCUUGGACUUGAUCUGUAUGACCAUUAAACAUAAAAGAAUUUAUAAAUUA